UUAGCAUCCAUUAACACUGUCAGUAUCAAACGACACAAGACGCCACACCACCCCAAUUAACCACAUAUAAGCUGAUAAAUAGAUCAUUAAAACAAUCCAAUGUUAGCGGAAUUUUCUUGUCACUAAUUAGGGUAGCGUAGCGUAGCACUUCUCAUCACGCAAAAAAAGCGAAUUUUUUUUUUUCUUGAUUACUGGCUACAUAAUUAAAAUAUUAUAACCCAUUUUUCUUAAUUUUAUCGUUAUCAGAAUUCUCUGUCAUCUUUAUUUGAAGCUAGUUAGUGGUAGUAGAAGCUUAAGUAACGUUCAUUCACUCGAUCUUUGGUUCAUCCUAGAUUAUUCCUUUCCAACUAAGCUUAUUUUUCAUAUCAUUAUCAAGAGGCUUGUUGUGUGGGAAAAUAAUUCUUAAUUUCUAAAUAUAGCCAUGUCCCACAAGAUGGCAUCUUCAUCUUCAUCAUCAUACUUUAGUGAACAACUUCAGUAUAAUGCUGGAGGAGGAUCAGAUACUUCUAGUUCUGGUACUCCCCAUCUUAUAAAACCUAGCAUCGUGACAUCCACUAAACAACGGUCUUCAUCGAUGAAUUCAAUUACUUCCAAUCAUUCUAUCAUUAAUGCGUCUGGGAUAUCAAAUACAUCUACCGUUCAUCCCAUUAUAAAUAAUACUUCAACCACAGUACGAAGCUUAUCGAUCAUAAGUCUAGAAAGUCCUCGGAACUCCAUAGUAUCUAUAGAUGAAAAUCUUAUACGACCAACUCGAAAUAAUAGUACUACCAGUUUAGCCUCACUAAAUGCUCAACAACCCACAGCCUUCAUAAAUAACCCCACCACACUUUCUCAACUUCAUCAUCAUGCUUCCACUUCGAUUAAUGAUUCACCAAAAGUAAGAACUAUGAUCAAUACUAGUGCCAUCCUAUCUGAUGAUGAUCUGGAAUUUGAAAUUUCAACUCCGAUUGCUCCUGCUUUAGCAGCAAGAUCAAUUCUUAAACCAGUAUUUAAAUUAAAGAAAAAUUCAGAACAAAUGGUCAAUCUUAAAAAGGAUUUCAAGUUUAAAUAUGAUGAUUUCACUCAAUCAAAUAGAGUACCAACAACUCCAUCAUCUCCUUCCACCAAUAAUGGAUAUCAAAGUUCAAGUCCAACUUCUUCAGUAACUCUUGCUAAUUUAAGUACUGCACUUCGAAAUUUACAAGAUAUAACUCCAUCACCAUUAUCAUUAGAAAAAAUUAGUAAUGAAAGUUUAACAGCUAAGAAGAAGAAAUCAAGUAGUUUGAUUCAACAUUCAAUAUUAAAGAAGAAAUCGAUCUAUUCUAAAGACUUACAAUUCGAAUUAACUAAUACCAAUCCAAAUGCAAGUAUAUCCACCUCAUUAAAAAGCAUCGAAACAAAAUUUGUAAAUAGCAAUAACAACACCAGCAACAACAAUAACAAUAAUAAUAAUGAUAGCAUAUCGGUAGAUGCUAUAUCUGACGAACCAAUAAUGAAAACUUUAAAGGAACAGAAUAAAUUAAUUCAUAAAUUGAAUCGAAAAUGGAAUAAAGGGGUCCAUUUCGAUCAUAAGGAUAAAGAUGAUAAACUGGGCAAAGGAAGCCCCACCACACCUACUAAUGAAGUCAGUACUCAUACAUCAGCCGCUAGAAAAAGAUCAAGAGAUCUGUUUGAUACUGAUGACGAUAAUAAUUACGACGAUUAUGACGAUUAUGACGUUUGAUAUUUUUACCAUUUAUAUAUAUAUAUAUCUAUAAAUACGUAUAUAUAU